AUGGACAGCCGCGCGCUGCCCCGGCCCGCGCCCCCGGCGCCUGGUGUCCCGGGCUGCUGCGCCGUUCGCCGGCGACCGGAGUCCCCAGAGCUGCUGCGCUGCAGCCGCCGCCGCCGGCCGGGCGCGAUGGACCCCGGCAGUGGAGCGGCGGCCGUGGCGCGGCGCAAUGAGCGCGAGCGCAACCGCGUGAAGCUGGUGAACUUGGGGUUCCAGGCGCUGCGGCAGCACGUGCCGCACGGCGGUGCCAGCAAGAAGUUGAGCAAGGUGGAGACGCUGCGCUCGGCGGUGGAGUACAUCCGUGCCUUGCAGCGCCUGCUGGCGGAGCACGAUGCUGUGCGGGCCGCGCUGGCCGGGGGGCUUCUGGCCCCGGCCCCGCGCCACCCCCUGCCCCGCGCUCCAUCGGGGACCCCCGCCACCGCCGCCUCGCCCUCCUGCGCCUCGUCGUCCCCGGGUCGUGGGCACAGCUCGGAGCCUGGGUCGCCGCGUUCCGCCUACUCGUCGGACGACAGCGGCUGUGAGGGCGCCCUGAGCCCCGCGGAGCGCGAGCUGCUCGACUUCUCCAGCUGGUUAGGGGGCUACUGA